UCGCAUGCGUAGGCCUGGUCGGAUUGGGACAGUCAAUGUGUCCCCUACUAUUCACAUUGCUAAGGUAUCUAGUCUACCAAGGCGUCGCCAACAGCUCAUCCUAUUCCUUGCCAAGGCCAACAGCAAUAGGGCAUUCGGCGCGUGACGACGGACGCUGCCCUUUGCGCAAUCGACCUUGUGAGAUCGAUGGCCCUUGUCAUGGACUUAUACUGCCCAAUAUUAGAGGUCUGAGGAUCUCUUCAAAGGGUGCAAAGGUGGGCGGUCACCACCAUACCCGUAUGGUUCGUGUAUGCCGGGGCUAGUGGUGUGUGUCGACGUUUGAAUUGACGCUGGCGGAGACCUUGCAACACUAACGCGAAGAUCAGCCAACCACGUGGGAGGUUCCGACACCGAGUUAACGUGCAGAAGUUGAGAGGGAAGUCGAAACAGUAGUCGAGACGAAAAGUCGAAAGCAGAAGCAAG